GUGGCUCACAAAUUUUCCCCUUUGCUGAAGUGGCAUUCCAUUUCAACCUAGCUACCCUCUUAAUAAACCAUUUCACACAACAUAAUAACCCUCUCUCUCUCUCUCUCUCUCUCUUUUUCUUAUCUCCACUAUUCCCUAUCCAUUUUUCGUUGCACACCAUGAUCGAGUAAUCAGAGAGACCAAAGAAACAAAAACAACACUGCUGCUAGCUAAUAGCUACACCUACAAAAACAACAAAAACAACAUCAACUUUUCUAUAUACGUGUGUUUGUGUUUAUUUUUUCCAAGAAAGAGAAAGAGUCGGAGCCAAAAUAGAGAAGAGAGAGAUAGAUACUCUUGAACUUGAGUGGUUAGUUAUACAUACAAUAUAACAUAGGAAUGUCUGAGGUUAUUAAAGACUCGGCCAUUAAGCUUUUUGGUAGGACAAUUUCUCUGCCACGCAACAACGAGGCUUCUGCUAAUGAUCCUUCUGAACAUGCUCAAGAUUGUUCUCAUCACAACAAUCAUCCACGUGAAGUGUGCUCUACACCGGAACAUGAAGCUGAGAGGGAUAAGGAACCAUCAAGGAAAGAACUCACCUCAACACAAGAUCAUGAAGAUGCCUCACAUGAUCAAACCCCAGAGGAACCAAAAUCUCCAACAUCCUCAGGCAAUCCGGAGAACCCCAAAACCCCCUCAACCGAAAGAGAGACUUCUUUACUGAAACCCUCAAAAAAUGGAGACCAAAGCGACACAACAAGCUUAUCACAGGACAAAGCUCCAAAGAAACCAGACAAGGUGCUUCCAUGCCCUCGAUGCAACAGCAUGGACACCAAAUUCUGCUACUACAACAACUACAACGUGAACCAGCCUCGCCACUUCUGCAAGCACUGCCAGAGAUAUUGGACCGCAGGAGGAACCAUGAGGAACGUGCCAGUUGGUGCUGGUCGCCGCAAGAACAAAAACUCUCCCUCUUCUGCAUCACACUAUCGCCAAAUCAUGCUUCCCGAGACUCUCCAAAAUGGAUCAUUGCACACUAGUGCUGUCUUGACCUUUGGAUCAGACUCUCCUCUUUGUGACUCCAUGGCUUCUGUGUUAAGCCUCGGAGAUAAAUCACAAAAUGGUGUCCUAAACGGGUUCCAUGCACCUAAGCAUAAUACUAAUACUAAUGGGGAUGAUGUUGAUAACUCUAACUCACUUGGUGGUUCUAUUAUGGCUUCAACUUUGUGUGACAAUGCUACUAGCACACAUGAAGAAUCAGUGGAUAAUAAGAGUUAUCAAGGUUUCACUCCUUGGCCUUAUCCAUGGAACCCUUCUGGAUUUUGCCAUCCUGUGUCAUUCUACCCCACACCACCAUUCUGGGGUUGCAUGCCAAUGCCAGUACCACCAGCAUCACCCUCUUGGAGUUCCCACUCCUUCCCUAAUUACCCACCUGCCCCUACUAGUUCUGGUCCAAACUCACCAACCUUGGGGAAACACUCAAGAGAUGGGGACAUUUUAUUUCAGCCUGGCACAGAAAAUAACAAGAGUGUGUUGAUCCCCAAGACACUGAGAAUUGAUGACCCUACUGAGGCUGCAAAGAGCUCCAUAUGGUCAACACUAGGGAUCAAGAAUGACAAGUUAAAUAACCAUUCCCUCAAUGGAGGAGGACUUUUCAAGGCAUUUGCAUCAAAGGGUGAUGACAAGAACAAGAACCAUGGGAUGGUGGUUGAAGCAUCACCAGUGCUGCAAGCCAACCCUGCUGCGUUGUCAAGGUCCCUUGUCUUCCAUGAGAGGACAUAAUUGCUGUGAUCUAGCUUCAUCAGAUUCUAAAUUGUUUCUGAUUCUCAAGUAGCAGCAGUAGUAGGCCAUACCAGUUCAACUUCAACUACAACCUUGUUCUGGGGUGGUUACAUGUUCUUUUUGGCUUUUCUCCAUGAGAAGUUGUAUUAUUCACCAACAUUUCUGCAGGAUUUGUAGGACAGGAUAUAUAUAUAUAAAGUCUAGCUUCCCUUAGUUCCCGUCUUGAACCUGUCAGAGCGAACAGGUGUUUUUUCAGAUUUAGAUCACUUGGUGAGUAAAUAUCUUUCAUGUACAUUAUAAUUAUAUAUAUAUAUAUAAGAGACAGCAUAAAUAACAAGGAGAAAAGACAAAGGAAAGCAGAUUCUUAAUUGGACUAAAAUCCAAUGGUGGUUA